UAUUUGUAACACAUGUCUCGGUGGCAACCUCAAACUAUCACUACUUCUUCUUCUUCUUCUUCUUCUUCUCUUUUGUUACUGUGAAAGACCCUUUAAUGGAACUGACUCUGAGGCUCGCUCCUUCGCCUUCCACGUCGUCGCUUCCAGCAGCACUUGCUAACUGCUCCAAGCUGUGUGAGUUUCAGCCAAGGAAGAAGAAGCUAUCGUGCUUCGACGCCGUGACUAGAGUUUCCCUCUCUGUGCGUUGUGUGAAGGCUUCGGCUGAGCGAACCGGUGACGCAAUCGACGAUGGGGAGACUCGGAGCGGCUUCACCACACCUGCCAUGGAGGUCACCACAUUCAAUCACACCACUUUCAACGACGCUGACUUUCCCGUUUGGGAAAAGAUUGGCGCUGUUGUUAGACUCAGUUAUGGCAUCGGGAUUUACGGUGCCAUGGCUGUUGCGGGGAGUUUUAUAUGUUCGAUUACGGGAAUUGACUCUCUUGGGGGGUUUCAUCUUUCGUUAGAUGCCAUUUUGGAAGGGCUUGGAUAUGCGGCUCCUCCAAUUAUGGCCCUUUUGUUUAUACUCGAUGAUGAAGUGGUGAAGCUAUCACCCCAUGCCCGUGCCAUCCGAGAUGUAGAGGAUGAAGAACUCUGGAGUUUUUUCUAUGGGAUGUCCCCUUGGCAGUUUAUACUGAUGGUUGCUGCAAGUUCAGUUGGAGAGGAACUCUUCUAUAGGGCAGCUGUUCAGGGGGCAUUGGCUGAUAUAUUUUUACGAGGCAGUAAUCUUAUAACAGAUGCUCAAGGAAUGGCAUCCUUGACAGGGGUACUGCCUCCAUUUGUUCCAUUUGCUCAGGCAUUUGCAGCAGUACUUACAGCUGUCCUUACUGGUUCUCUCUAUUACAUGGCAGCCUCUCCUAAAGAUCCUACUUAUGUUGUUGCACCUGUUUUACAAUCACGCUCUGGUCGUCAAGAUUUGAAAAAGCUAUUUGAAGCCUGGUACGAGAAACGGCAAAUGAAAAAAAUCUAUUCCCCACUUCUGGAAGGAUUGCUGGCCCUAUACCUAGGCUUCGAGUGGAUCCAAACGGAUAAUAUUCUUGCUCCCAUUAUAACACACGGCAUAUACUCCACAGUGAUAUUGGGACAUGGCCUUUGGAAGAUACAUGACCACCGGCGUAGAUUACGUCAAAGAAUCCAACAACUCAAAUCAGAAGAAAAACCUCCAACUACAUUUUGAGAUAUACUCCAUCACUGAUUUUGGAUAAAAAAACAAUUGUAUAUUAGAGAUGUUAGAUGUUAUAUAAAGAGAAUAUAUGUAUACUUGUGGUAGUUUUGGCCUCGUACAUACAGAAUAUGCAGGCUUUUUUGACUUUUGAUAACGGAAAUUUCGAAAUAAGAAUUGUAACUUUUUUCCCCUAAUAAAAAGGGAUAA